AUGGUCACCAACGUUUACGUCUCAGCUGUUACUCAAGACAAUAUUUCACGUCAUGAACUUCUCGCAUGGGUAAACAGCAGUAUAAAGGCAAACUUUUCAAAGAUUGAAGAAAUGAGUACAGGUGCUGCUUACUGUCAGCUUACACAUAUGCUGUUUCGAGAUGCCAUCAAUCUUCGCAAGGUUAAAUGGAAUAGCCGUAAUGAGAUGGAUCAUAUCAGCAAUUGGAAGAUACUCGGUGCUGCGUGGAAAACGCUUGGAGUUGAUAAGCCGCUACAAGUGGAACGUCUAACCAAGGCGAAAUUCCAAGAUAAUUUCGAGUUUCUCCAAUGGUUUUUCAAAUUCUUCAAUGCAAAUUAUGUCGACGAUGGGGAGGACUAUGACGCUGUGGCUGCCCGUGGUGGUGAACCCCUUCCAGCUGGCGCCAAGGGACCUGCUCCCACUCGCGUUGCGCCGGUCCGAACCACCACGAACACCACUGUCCGGACUUCUGUACCUUCUUUACCCAAAAAAGCACCACAACCUGUUUCUUCGUCCCGCACUAGUGCCGAUUCAUCCGCAUUGAAGGAGCUUGAGCAGGAAAUUGCCAAACUCAAUCAACAGAAUGAAGAGAUGAUGAGCAUCAGUGAAACUUUGGAAAGUGAGCGCAACUUCUACUUUGAGAAGCUGAGAAAAAUAGAAGAUAUGUGCAAUUCGUGUGCAGAAAACGAGAAUCCCGACAAGGAUGCAAUUCUAGCCAUUCUUUAUGAGUCUAAUACCGCAGAAAACGAAGAGGAAAUCGCUACAAAAGCACCUGCAGUUGUGGAUGAUGACGAAACCUUCUAG